AUGCAAGGUAAUUUACUUUUUUUCAUGACCUUAGGAUGGGUAAAUUGCUAGUGGGAUUGUUUUUUGGGGUAGAUAUUGGUGUUUUGGCUUGUUUUUGAAGAUUUUUGGGUGUUUAGAGGUUGGACAUAAGGUAUUUAAAGGAUAAACGAGUAAUGUUAUGAUUUGUAGUAUAAGGAAAGGUAGUCAUAUUGUUAAUAUUUUUUAAAAAAUAUGGUCGAAAAGUACUUAGAAUUAUGCUUUUUGGCUAAAAACAGAUUUUUUGAUGAUUUUUUUGAUAUUUUAAUUAAAAGAUAAUAAAAAUCUUUUUUUAAAAACAUUUUAAUUGAAGAAAAAGUUAUUUAUGACAUUUUCAGGCUAUCAUCUUCAAUCCGUUUACCUGGGCGCGCCUCAACAGGGCCAGCAAAGCCAAAUGAUGAAGCAGCAGAAUGUGGGUCAAAAACCGGCUGGCGCUGGAGCCCAACAACAACCUGCGAGCAGUGAAAGUGGAUCUUCGGCCGAAAAUCUUCAACCGGGUUGGUUUUGUUUCAAUUUUAAAUUUUAAUAAUCUUUAAAUUUCAAAAUUUUUUCUCCAAAUUUUUAAAAAUAAUUUUGACAUUUCAGCCCCAGUCCAGCCAGCCCAACUGUCCGUAGCCAACAAGCAAGGAGGAUCCGCCGCUCCAGAGCCGAAACCAGUCGGAGCCGGUGCUGGCUAUGUUCAGUCCAUGUAUUUACAACCUGGAGCAGGCCCUCAAUCAGCUCGUCCAGGCCAACCUCAAGGAGCAAUGAGUGGAAAACCACCGCCAGCUGGAGCAGGCGGGCCAGGCGGAGCUGGUGGUCCAGGCGGAGCAGCUGGUGCAGCCGGAGCAGGAGGUCCAGGAGGAGCUGCUGGUGCCAAGCCAGGCGGUGCAAGCACUAUGGGUGGAGCAGGUGGCGCUGGUGGUGCGUGUGGUCCAGGAGGAGUUGCUUCAGCAAAGCCAGGCGGUGCAAGCACUAUGGGUGGAGCCGGAGGCGCAGGUGGUCCGGGUGGAGCAGGUGGUCCCGGAGGAGCUGGAGGUGCUCAAGCAUAUCCAGAAGCGCGGCCAGCCGGAGCAGGCUAUGUCCAGUCGAUGUACUUGGGACAACCUGGUGCAGGCCCUCAGUCAGCGCGACCAGGCCAACCUCAGGGUGCGAUGAGUGGAAAGCCAACUCCAGCUGGAGCAGGUGGUUCUGGCGGAGCUGGUGGUCCGGGCGGAGCAGCUGGUGCGGCCGGAGCAGGUGGCCCUGGUGGAGCAGGUGGUGCGGGUGGACCUGCUAGUGCAAAACCAGGACAACCAGGCGGAGCCAGUACUAUGGGCGGAGCUGGAGGACAAAAGGGUGCCGGAAGCGCUUAUUUUGGCAACAAUUUCGCCGUUGGCCAGGGUAAGGGGGUUUUGGUUUUUAAAAUUCGAAAAGUAAAAAUUUUUUUUUUAAAUUUAAAAAAUUUUUAAUUUAGCCCAACCACAAGAACGCCCAGCUGGAGCAGGAGCCGGCUAUGUGCAGUCGAUUUACUUGGGACAGCCAGGCGCAGGCCAAUCUCAAAUGGCUGGUGCUGGCGGCGCCAAGCCAGCUGGAGCUGCACCUGUUGGAGGCAAAACUGCCGGCGAAGCUACGCCUACUCUCAGAUACGGUAAGUCAUGGUGGUCUUUUAAAUUUUGAAAAAUUUGAGAAAAAAUUUUUUUAUUUCAAAAAAAUUGGAAAAUAUUUUGAAAUUUUUUAAAAUUAAAUUUAAAAAAUAGUGGAAUUUAAAAAAAUUGACGUUUGCAUUUCAGAGUUCACCCCAGAAGAGAUUGCUACUAACACCGUCCGUCGCAGAGUUGGAGAAACUGAUGAACAAGUAAACUUUAAAAAAUUUUUAAAAAAAUUAAAAAAUUAAAAUUUUUUAAAAGUUUUAACUCAUCUUUUUAAGAAACACGAUUUUAAACCCCCAAUUUUAGCUGCGUGAACGUGAAAAGGCCUUGGCCGAAGAGCGAAAGAAGUUGGAUCUGGAGAAGGAACAAUUGGCCAAAGACAAGGAAGCCUUGGCCAAGGAACGUGAAGAACUGGCUAGAAUGAAGAAGGAACAGGAAGACGCGAAAGAUAAGGACGCCAAAGAUAAGGAAGAAGCCGACGCCAAGGCCAAAGCCGAAGCUGAAGCAGCGGCUAAAGCGAAGGCAGAAGCCGAAGCCGCGGCCAAGAAGGAAAGUGAGACCAAGGUCAAGCAUGAAUCUGACGCCAAGACUCGUGGGUUUUUGAAAUUUUGGGUUUAACAAGUUAUUUUGGGUUACUGUAGUAAAAGUAUAGGUAUAGUACAGUAGGCCUGUAAUAUUACAGUAUACUUGAAUAUUACAAUAGAAUUAAAGGUAGAGCUAUGAGGUAAAAAUAGCCAAGAAUGGGCCAAUGCAAGCUGAUUACAGGGCCAUUUCAAGAUUAUUUUGUCAUUUAUGGCCAAAUUACAAUAAAGUAAAUUUCAGAAAAGACCAAGUACAAGGGUGGACCAAAGAUGAACGUAGCCAAGGAAAAGGAGAAGGUCAACGUCGAAAUCGACAAAACCAUGGUUGUUUACAACCGUAAGUUUGUAUUUUUCAAUUUUAAUUUACUUUUGAAUAGAAAAAUUUUAGGAUAAAAUUCAAAUGCCAAAGGUUUUGGAAGUUGGCGGGAAAAUUGGAUUUUAAAUUUUGAGGUUCAAAUUUUAGGCCACAACUUGUGAAAUUAUAGAUUUUUUUGAUUGAAAGGUGUUUGGAAUGUGAUAGAACUAUUUUUGGUACUUGGUGCAGAAUGCCAAAAAUGUUUAAUUUUGGCGCGAAAAAUGAAAUUUGAAUUUUCAGGCUAAAAAGUGUAAAAAAUUAAUUUUCAGACCCAUACGACAAGCAGCAGAUUGUGGACGUUACCUUGAAGAACAUUUGCGGCGACAUUGUUCACUACAAGGUCAUGGCUACCCAGCCCAAGUUUUAUCGUGUCAAGAACAAGCAGAACACCAUCCUGCCCGACAAGACGGCUACUGCCAGCAUUCGUUUGGAGGUAUUGAAGAAUGCGGCCAAAUGCAAGAAAGAGAACCACCGGAUCAUCAUCCAAACCGCCAUCUCGAAGAAGGAGAAGGAGGACAAGAAGUUUUGGAGAGAAAUCGACGGCAAAAAGAAUCGUGUACAGUUUGUCAGGUUGCCUGUGGUAUGUUUUAGUGGAUUUUUUGAAAUUUUGAAAUUUGAAAAUUUUUUAAAUUAAAUUGUUUUUCGACUUUUAUGAGUUGUAAAGGGUUGUAAAUGACUUGAAAAAUAUGGAAAAGUUUUAAAUUUAAGCUUAAAACUCUUUUAUUUUGCAGAAACUGUUGAUGGAAGAAGAGAAGGAGUCGAACAUUGAGGACGAAGUCGAGUACGACAACAACCAAGCCUUCAUCGUCGAGCCGGAAAACGAACUUAUCUUCCGUGGUCCCUUUGACGAAGCCGUCACCUCACCCAUUUGUGCUAUCAACAACACGGACAAGUACAUGUACGUGAAGGUGCUGGUCACCAAUCCCGACCCCUUCCGUGUCCGCCCCAACUUUUGCUGCAUCGCCCCGCGUGCUAUGCAAAUUUUGGCCGCCAUCCUCGAACCCCAAUCCGACAAGGAUCUGGAGAAGAUGCAGAAAAAGAAGAACAAGUUCAUGUUGGAGCACGUCGAGCAGGAGAAGGACGAUGUCGACGCCGAAGACUUCUUCAAGAAGCACCCCAAGAAUGUGAAGGCUGUCAAGCUCACUGCCAGCUUCCAACACGACUAG